GAGACUGGCAGUAUCGGCAGCUGCUGAGACACACGCAUGGACUGAGUCAGAUUGAUGCAGCCACAAGAAGGACCUCAUUAUAAUUUUUUGGAGUAAACGCAUUUUCGUCAUCAGCUGUUUUCUCAUUACAGAAUUCGCGUCAUUGCAAGCCGUGCGCGCAUUCCUCAGCAGGAUUUUCGCAUCACCACCACUUUUCUGCUCUCCGCGAGAUCGUUGUUUGAAUUUUCCCUUCCCAGCAGAAAGCUCUGAUAGUCAUGCUCGAGCGGCGACUGACGAAACCUUUCAUCUGAAAUUCUUGUAUUUUUGAAAAAGAAAUGGAACAACAGCUCUCUAAACCAGAAUGCAAAAACAUGGAUGCGUGUCUGAGGCGACUGAAGCAAGAACUGCUGUGUAUGAAAGAAGCCGGAGAUGGCCUCCACGCUCAGAUGAAUUCAAUGAUGGGAGCCCUUCAGGAACUCAAGCUCCUUCAGGUUCAGACAGCGCUCGAAAACCUUGACAUUUCUGGUCGGCGUAUUAACCGAGGACUCCCACAUCCAGCUCCACCAACUCCUCCUGAAGCAUUUGCUACAGCGGCUUCAACUUCAGGCAAGAGUCACAGGUCCUGCUUUAGCCAAAACAUGCUCGAGGAGGCCAGCCCGAGUCCGAUGCCAAGUCCAAGGAUGUCUCAAGAGAGCAGAAACACCUUCAGCCGUGAUGACAAGAGCCUGUCUCAAAACAGAAGCAGCAUGGGAACCUCUACUUCCUCGGCAUCCAGCCUUGAGAGUGAAAGUGAGGAAAGUGAAAGAAGCGCACAAAGCGUGACUGACCUUGAGUCUAUACCCAAGAGGUGGUCAGGAUACUCCUCUCCGCAGGUGGAUUUCUAUGGACCAAUGGUGGGAAACCCUCCACCGGAGCCCUACCCUCAGCCACAGGCUCCCGGUCGUGCUCAGAGAGUGGAUCUUCCUGGGAUCCUGUACAGCCUCUCCAGAGAAGGCCCUUCUUUGGACAGCGACUACUCCCAGGACAGCACAGACGAUGCCAGCGACUGGACUUCUUCGCUCAUGAGCCGCAGCCGCAACCGUCAGCCCUUAGUGCUGGGCGACAACGUCUUUGCUGACCUUGUGGGCAACUGGCUAGACCUUCCCGAAGUGGAGAGGGAAGAAUGGGAAGAAGAGGAGAGGAGGAAGAGAAGAGAGGAGAGGAUAGUGGAUGGAGAUGUGGAUAGGCCAGACACCCCAGCUCACCCUCUCCGCCUCAGCCGCUCGCAGGAGAUCUGUAGGAAGUUCUCAUUAACUACAAACAUCUUCAAGAAGUUCCUGCGCGGCGUCCGGCCCGACAGGGACAAGCUGCUCAAGGAGAGGCCUGGCUGGAUGGCUCCGGAGCUGCAAGACAACGACCUCUUCAAAAGGCCAAAGAAAGUGGCACCUAAAAGUUCAAAAGGCAGCUUCUACUUGCCCUUCUGGGCAAAUGGACAGCACGGCAAAGGCAGGCCAUGUCCUCAUUUAGCUGAAGCAGAGAGGAACCACCAGCACCACUUCCCCCAGCUCCACCAGCAGCCAUUUGCUGGGAUUUAUUUAGACAGGAGACAGCCAGAGACGGGUCUUGAGAAAAUGCAGCCCUUGUUUGACUACAACACAGCUGUGUGGGUCUGACAGUGAGUCUCGGGCCAACAGACUGCCAGUGAUGCCAAACUGAGUGAGUGACAGGUGCUGGGGGGGGUUUGGCAGUGCUGGAGGGGAAAUGAAUGAAUGAUUUAAUGAAAAGCUUGGAUACAGUUAUCUUCCAAAAAUGAACCAAUAAACUCCCCACCCACAGCAAGAUUAUCAGGGCAACAUUUUGUCUGACAAUCCUAAAAACCUAAACCUUGUUUGCUGUGUGUGUUCGUGUGUGGGUGUGUAUGUAUCUGUGUGAGAGAGUGAAAGUGAGACAGAGAGAAACAUUUUUUGAGGAUUUAUGCUGCAAGUUUUGUAUUAUUAAAAUGUGUGCAUGUACGACUGGGUUCUCUGGAUGUCUUAAAAAGACGGUACAUUAAAAUGGACAUCUUCUUCAGAAUGUCACCAUUACAUUACAGAUCUUCAUGAAAUAGCCACAGACUUUUUCACUGCUAUGCUACAGGAAUCUCACUUUGUUACAUCUAUGAGUAGAAACAACAACUUUUGGAUUCCAUGAUUACCAUUUUUUUCUAAUGAUGCUACAAACAGCUGUUACUGAACGCACUGCCACUAAACUGUCAUUAGCUCAAUUUUGUUUCCAACAGGUCUCAAAGCCUUGGAAACUCAGGUUUAACUGACUCCGUCCAUCUCAUUCACCUAGCUCAGGGAAGGAAUGUUACACAGAAGUAAUCUAUGAGACACUGCCACAUUUAAAUGGUUUUCAAAUACAGAAAAAAAAAAAAAAAUAGAGAAGUCCUGCCUCAUCUCAUCUUGCCUAGAAUGACACAACAGCCAUACAUGACUUCUUCAAAGAUUGCACAUUAAAUUUUGAGAUUUGUCCAUCGAAAUCAGCAAUGUUGUGCUUGCUGUUAGAAAUGCUUAUUUUAGUGGCACAUGUUGAGUUAAUUGUCAGUCCUCAGAGAGAGGAGGGGGUAAAGAUGGCAACGCCAACAACGAGUACUGACUGCCAUCUGGCACCUGGUCGUUAUGUAAAGCUUGUUCGCCACAGCCUCAAAGAAGAUGCAAAACGGGCUCGUUUAAUCCCAAAUCUUUGACAAAAGUGUUACAUGCUGCAUAAACACAGGUGAAUACAUCACAGGGCUGUAACAGUGAUGAGGCAGUUGAAAGUGGAGGUAUCAGACAGUAUCAAUGUACAGAACAUUGUACAUAUUUGUCAUCAACCUAACAGCAACAAUAACUAACUUUACUGUAAUAUCCCAUCACAUGUAUUUCAUCAUUCUACACAGAUAAAUAUGUCACUUUAACAUUACAAUAAACAACAUCACACAUGUAUUUAAACCACAAACUGAUGAGUUAAUCUUACAGUAUCUAUUCUCUUGUAUCAUAAGAAACCGUUUCAGUGUUUUUCAUUUCAAGCAGCAUUAUAACAGAAAAAAAACAACGGCUUCCUUCACAAAUUCACAUAAAUAUCAGGAUUCCAUCAGGAUUAUAGAUGACACUGCCCGCUCAGACUCAAAAUACUUUUUAUAGAGGACCACUGUUAUGCAAGGACAAUCUAAUUCUCUUAGUAUUAUUAUUAUUAUGAAAAAAGUGUUACUAUCACUCAGUUUUAAAUGGGAUCCUAGACCAAUCUAUUCAGCCAGAAGGGAUUAGGCCUUGUGUCUUUUGAGUGUCUUGGCCAGUCGAUCCAUAUGGUGUUGUCUCAGUAUUCAGGUCAAUACAUACUUCAGAAGGUCCAACACACCCAGACUGUUUCUGAGAGGUUUGUGCUAUGAGGCACAGUCUGAGAUGUCAUAUCAAACAGUAUGUUUAUUUAAAUGUAACAUUUAUGGCUUCCUAUUUACAAGUGUCAUUUUCAGCACUGUUGUUGAUAUUUUUCAUCAGGGUUCUGCGAACCUUCUGUAGUGAUUAUGUGUCAUGUGCACUGUAAAACUGUCACUGACUCUUUGUAAAUUAAAUAUGUUUUUAAGAAAUGUCA